UUCGAUUAAGAGGGCACUACCGACAUAUCCAGAGAUAGACCGCCACAAGCGUCAACCAACCUCCAACAUGGCAUCAAAAACUGCAUCCGACCGCUUAACACAAGUGAGCAACCAUAUACACACCGCGCCAGCACGUCCCCAGCCGUCCCAAAUUCAAGAUGUCUACAUCAUCAGCGCAUCGCGGACCCCCACCGCGCGAUUCAAAGGCUCCCUCGCCAGUGUCCCGGCGCCCCAACUCGGCGCCCACGCUAUCAAAGACGCCGUUUCGAAGUCGAAGGUGCCCGCGUCGCGCAUCACAGAUGUUUACAUGGGCAACGUGAUGCAGGCCUCGAACGGGCAGGCACCCGCGCGCCAAGCAGCCAUAUUCGCCGGCCUGCCGACGGCAACGGAGGCGGUCACUAUUAACAAGGUUUGCGCCUCGGGACUGAAGGCUGUAGCGCUCGCUGCGCAGAACAUUCAACUCGGGCUGUCCCAGGCACAGGUUGCCGGUGGUAUGGAGAAUAUGUCGAGUGUGCCGUAUUAUCUGGCGCGGGAUGCGGCGGGCUCGACGGGCGAUUUGAAACUGCAGGAUGGGUUGAUCAAGGAUGGCUUGUGGGAUGUGUAUAAUCAGAUCCAUAUGGGGAGCUGUGCGGAUCUCACUGCGAAAAAGUUCAAUAUCUCCAGGGAGGCGCAGGAUGAGUAUGCGAUUCGCAGCUUCUUGAGGGCGCAGAAGGCCUGGGCCGAAGGAAAAUUCCAGGAUGAAAUUGUUCCGGUUACGGUGAAGAACCGGAAGGGGGAAACUGUGGUCAAGCGGGAUGAAGGUUUUGAGAAACUCGAUGAAAAGAAGGUGGCGACGCUGAAGCCGGCGUUCGUGAGGGAUGGCACCGGCACGGUCACCGCUGCCAACUCAUCCACUUUCAAUGAUGGCGCCAGUGCUUUGGUUUUGGGGGAUCGUGCAAUUGCCCAGCAGUACGGUCAAGAUAGUCGAGUUCUUUCGCGGAUCGUCAGUACGGCCGACGCGGCCCUGGACCCGGUUGAUUUUCCGAUUGCCCCCGCUAAAGCAGUUCGUGUCGCUCUAGAGAGAGCCGGUCUCAGGAAAGAAGACGUUGCUGUGUGGGAGUUUAACGAAGCCUUUGCUUCUGUUAUCAAGGCGAAUGAGCAGAUUCUCGGCCUUGAAGGCGCAAAUGUGAAUCCGCUUGGAGGCGCCAUCUCGUUGGGCCAUGCUCUGGGAAGUUCCGGGUCGAGGAUACUUACUACAUUGGUGCAUCAGCUGAAGGUCGGGGAAUACGGCGUUGCGGCGGUUUGCAACGGCGGUGGUGCAGCGACUGCUGUCGUUGUUCAGCGAGUUGCGUCUGUGUAA